AGUCUUGUCGGUAAGAAAAAGCCUUCUUCCUCUUUGAAACCCCUAGGCGACCUCUAUCACUAUAUAUACUAAUAAUUAUUACAAAACCCUUGCCUGAUUUUCCCUCCCUUUCCCGACAUAAAAUUAGGGUUUUUCUUUUUCUUUUCUCCAAAACUAGGCUUUGCUUCAAAAUGGUGGCGGACCAGGGGAAGAAGGCGAAGCUCACUGAGAGAGCUCCGGGGGACGAGACUGAUCACAUUGAUACUGAGCUUGUCCUUAACAUUGAGAAGUUGCAGGAGUUUCAAGAUGACCUUGACAAGGUUAAUGAAGAAGAGGGUGACAAACUGAUGGAACUUGAACAAAAGUUUAAUGAGAUACGCAGGCCCGUCUAUUUGAAACGGAAUGAGAUAAUAAAAACCAUUCCCGACUUCUGGCUGACUUCUUUCAUGAGCCAUCCUGUGCUUUGUGAUAUUUUGACUGCAGAAGACCAGAAGAUCUUCAAGUAUUUAAAUUCUCUUGAUGUGGAGGACUUUAAAGAUGAUAAGACGUUAGGAUACUCUAUCACGUUUAAUUUUAAUGAGAAUCCUUAUUUUCAAGAUACAAAGCUGACUAAAACCUUUGCAUUCGUUGAUGAUGAGACAACUAAGGUUACUGGUACUACCAUCAAAUGGAAGGAGGGCAUGGGUUUUGCCAAUGGAGUUCAUGAUGAGAAAAAAGGAAACAAACGACCACAUGCUGAGCAGAGCUUCUUCAGUUGGUUUAAUGAAAGUGAACAGGACGAUAUGGUUGGAUUUCAUGAAGAGAUGGUAGAGAUAAUUAAGGACGACUUAUGGCCCAAUCCUCUCAAGUAUUUCAAUAAUGAGGCCGAUGAAGAGGAUUCUGAAGGUGAUGAAGAUAAUGAAAUGGAGAAUGGUGAGAAUGAUGAUGGAGAAGACGAUAACGAGGGGGAUAGCUAAAUUCUUUCGGACUGACUUCAGUUUUGUUACUCUUUCAUGGAUUGGAGCAGUAGAAAUAUGAAACUUUCUAGAUACAUGGGAAUUAGCUUAUCGCCUGGCAGACUUCUUGCAUAUAAAUUAGUCUCAGUUGAUCUUUUAGACUUUUUGGUUUGCACCUUUCUUCUGUGUUAGUUUACCUACCAAAUAGAAUGAGUUUUAGCUCCAAUCAAUUGAGAAUGAAUUAAUUUUGCAUUGCGCACUUCACA